GAAAGAGGGAAAGUUAGUCUGUGUGUUGAUGAGACGCUGGAGGAGACUCCUCACUGCACACUGCAACAAAAUAACGCCUUCAAUGACUCCAGUUUCUGGGCUUUCAGGAGGACAGCUCUGUUAUUUAUCAUUAUUAACUACUGGAUAUAUCAGCAUCAGCACCAAAGGAGGGAUCCAUGAGCAGAGGAGGGAUCAUUCUCUCAUAGAUAAGGUGCAGCUCUGACUGAGAUGGCCACGUCGCUGCGCUGCCACAGGACGGUCAUAUUGGCCGUGGCCUUCUGUUUCCUGCCUUGCAUCACUUCCUCCCUCAACCUGGAGGAUCCUAACGUCUGCAGCCACUGGGAGAGUUACUCUGUGACGGUGCAGGAGUCGUACGCCCAUCCCUUCGAUCAGAUUUAUUACACCAGCUGCACCGACAUCCUCAACUGGUUUAAGUGCACCAGACACAGAGUGAGUUAUCGGACAGCCUAUCGAAGAGGAGAGAAGACCAUGUACCGGAGAAAGUCCCAGUGCUGCCCAGGCUUUUUCGAGAAUGGAGAGAUCUGUGCUCCCCAUUGCACAGAGAGCUGUGUCCACGGCCGUUGUAUGGCCCCCAACACCUGCCAGUGUGAGCCGGGCUGGGGGGGCACCGACUGUUCCAGUGCUUGUGACAGUACCCGCUGGGGUCCCCACUGCAGUAACAGGUGUCAGUGCCAGAACAACGCUCUGUGUAACCCCAUCACCGGAGCCUGUAUCUGCACUCCCGGGUACAGAGGCUGGCGCUGCGAGGCCCAGUGUGAAGUGGCCACCUAUGGAAACGGAUGCCAGCAGAAAUGCCAAUGCCAGAACGGAGCCGCCUGCCAUCACGUUACCGGAGAAUGCAAGUGUUCACCAGGAUACACCGGAGCUUUCUGUGAAGACCUGUGUCCGCCGGGUAAACACGGGCAGCAGUGUGAGGAGAGAUGUCCGUGUCAGAACGGAGGAGUGUGUCACCAUGUGACUGGAGAGUGCUCCUGUCCUGCAGGAUGGAUGGGUACAGUGUGUGGCCAGCCGUGUCCAGAGGGGAGAUAUGGACAAAACUGUACCCAGGAAUGUCAGUGUCACAACAACGGCUUCUGUGUGUUGUCCACUGGACAGUGUCUCUGCAGCCCCGGAUACACGGGAGAACGGUGUCAGGACGAGUGUCCAGUUGGGACUUAUGGCGCCGGCUGUGCAAAGACGUGCCGCUGUAAGAACAACGGCAAGUGCUACCACACCAACGGGAUGUGUCUGUGCGAGCCGGGAUACACGGGGGAGACAUGUGACAUCCGACUGUGUCCUGAAGGACACUACGGCCUCCGGUGUGACAGGAAGUGUCCAUGCUACGCCAGGAACACACGCAGCUGCCACCCGAUGUCAGGGGAGUGUACGUGUCAGCCCGGCUGGUCCGGCCUCUACUGCAACGAGACGUGUACCCCAGGAUUUUAUGGCGAGUCCUGCCAGCAGGUGUGCCAGUGCCAGAACGGUGCCGACUGCCAAAGUGUGACUGGAGAGUGUGUCUGUGCUCCGGGCUUCACGGGUCCCAACUGUACCGUCGCCUGUCCAGCAGGAACUCAUGGAGUGGACUGCUCCUCCAGAUGUGACUGUAAGAACAGAGCUCAGUGUUCACCUGUCGAUGGAUCCUGCUCCUGUAAACCAGGGUGGCAUGGAGUGGACUGCUCCAUCAACUGCCCCAGUGGUACCUGGGGUCUGGGCUGUAACCUCACCUGCCUGUGUGGGAACGGAGGUGCGUGUAACGCCCUGGAUGGUUACUGUACCUGUGCUCCAGGCUGGAGAGGAGACAGGUGUAAUCACCACUGCCAGGAUGGCACCUAUGGUCUGGACUGUAAGGAACGCUGUGACUGCAGUCAUGCUGAUGGAUGUCACCACUCUACUGGUCACUGCCGCUGUCUGGCUGGAUGGACAGGUAUCCACUGUGACAGUGUGUGUGCAGAGGGCCGCUGGGGCCCGAACUGCUCCCUCCACUGUAACUGUAAGAACGGAGCGUCCUGCUCUCCAGAUGAAGGAACCUGUGAGUGUGCUCCAGGAUUCAGAGGCACCACCUGUCAGAGGAUCUGCUCUCCAGGUUACUUUGGUCACCGCUGCAGUCAGACGUGUCCACAGUGUGUCCACAGUAUCGGACCGUGUCAUCACAUCACAGGACAGUGUGACUGUCUGCCGGGCUUCAAGGGGGCCCUGUGCAACGAGGUGUGUCCCAGUGGUCGCUUUGGGAAGGAGUGCGCAUGGAGCUGCAGCUGCACCAACAACGGCACCUGUAACCCCAUCGAUGGCUCCUGUCAGUGUUAUCCAGGAUGGAUCGGCAGCGACUGCUCCCAGCCAUGUCCGCCUGGCCAGUGGGGACCCAACUGCAUCCACACAUGUAACUGUCACAACGGAGCCUACUGCAGCGCUUACGAUGGGGAAUGCAAGUGUACACCAGGAUGGACCGGCCUCUACUGCACACAGCGCUGUCCGUUAGGUUACUAUGGGAAAGACUGUUUCCAGACGUGUCAGUGUAGGAACGGAGCCGACUGUGAUCACAUCUCUGGACAGUGCACCUGUCGCACCGGCUUCAUGGGACGACACUGUGAACAAAAGUGUCCUCAUGGUUCGUAUGGUUAUGGCUGCCGUCAGGUCUGUGACUGUCUGAAUAACUCCACAUGUGAUCACAUGACUGGUACAUGUUACUGCAACCCUGGCUGGAAGGGACCUCGCUGUGACCAAGCUGGUGUCGUGGUGGGCAGCCUCAACAGUUUGACCAGCGCAGCCAUGCACGUGGACACCUAUCAGAUCGGAGCCAUCGCAGGAAUCAUCGUCCUGGUCCUCCUGGUGCUCUUCCUCCUCCUCCUCUUCAUCAUCUACAGGAAGAAGCAAAAGGGCAAAGAGCCCACCAUGCCGGCUGUGACCUACACUCCUGCUAUGAGGGUCACUGCUGACUACACCAUCACAGAUGCUCACCCUCCAGCGUGCGAGUCCCACCCCAGCAACUACUUCUCCAACCCCAGUUACCACACUCUGACCCAGUGUGUCGGCCCGCCACAUGUUAACAGUGGUCCAUAUGGAAAGGCCAAAAGCAACCAGCUGUUUGUGAACUUGAAGAAUGGAGAUCACAGAAAAAGGGCUCCUCUAUCUGAGCACACCAGCACACUGCCUGCAGGCUGGAAACAAGAAGACUGCUUCAAUGAACUGGGAGCCUACGGAGUCGACAGGAGGUACAUGGGGAAAUCUCUACGAGAUCUGAAGGGCACGCUCUAUCACGCCAGCUCCUGUUCCCUCAACAGCUCUGAAAACCCAUAUGCCACCAUAAAGGACCUCCCACCGCUGACGGCCAAAAACACAGAGUGUGGCUACGUGGAGAUGAAGUCGCCGGCCAGACGGGAUUCACCAUACGCCGAGAUCAGCAACGAAAGCCCCACCAAUAACCGGAACGUCUAUGAAGUUGAGCCGACUGUAAGUACCAUCCUGCUGACCGGAGACAGCAACGCACAGUUUGGUCAAGAUCCGUACGAUCUACCAAAAAACAGCCACAUCCCCUGUCACUACGACCUCCUGCCAGCCAGAGAGAGUCCGUCCCCGGAGCACAAGGAGCUAGACAGUGAAUGAUGGCAGAGAGACUCAGUACGGAGACCAGAUGUCUCACCUCCAGUCUGCAGCUCUGGCUGUUCCACGAACAGGCACACUUUAUACCCACCAACAUGCUUUCACUUGUUUCGUCGCUGUUAAACUUUUAUCAUUGUAAUUAUGUAUCUUAUGUAACUUCUCUCUGAACAAAAGUGAAGAGUUUGGAGGUUAGUUUUUGAGGUAUAGCUGUUAUUUUUUACAGCAAUUUUGUAAACUGCGAUGAAGCCUUCGUAGGUCAUUCCACAUGUCUGGGAGGUGAGGUCUGAGUAUGCUUUGAACGAAGCAGUUUGUAUCAUGUGUUGUGCCGACGACUGCUGACGGCAUAAAGCCUCCUUCUGACUGCCUCCCCCCGAUCUCUCUCUCCAAGAACUCUUUUUGCGUGUCUUGUAGUCUUGACGCGACAAAUCGUACAAACGGCGAUAAGGCGACAAAGCAUUUGUGGUGUUGCACCUUUCCAUACCUCCGCAACACCUGGCUACACCCACCCAUGGAUGUAUAAAGAGAACUGGAUACAGCGUUGGAGGCGGGGCCCCGUUCAUUCCUAUGAAAGUUGCUCAGUGGCACCAAAAUGGUACCCGGAUCUUGUGGCGAUCUUCCGCAUCCAGUGGGCCCAUGGGAGCAGGCGCAGUAGCGUCUGCUCGGUCACAUGGCUCGGUCACGGGGUCACAGCCGCAAAAAAAUUAUCUGCUGAGUUACAGAUGUCUCUUUCCCAAUGU